AUGCGAUAUCUACGCCUCAGGUGGCACGCCCUGCAUCGCUGCUCACGGCACUACACGUGCCCUCUACAGCUCUUACGGGACCGCUCUAUCAGGUUAGACGAGCAUCUGACAAUGCCGCGCUUGAUAUCUCACCCCUCUUUGCGGGCGGCGUAGCCAGUGCUGGUGCCCAAGACAACUUCUGUGCCGGCACGACUUGCCUCAUCACCAUCGUCUACGACCAGUCCGGCACAGGCAACCACCUCACGCAGGCCCCGCCUGGCUAUUUUCCUGGUCCGGACGUGGAUGGUUAUGACAACUUGGCCAGCGCAAUAGGAGCGCCCGUGACUCUGAAUGGCCAGAAAGCAUACGGAGUCUUUGUUGCACCCGGAACAGGAUAUCGCAAUAACAAUGCUGUCGAGACAGCGAUCGGGGAUGAGCCUCAGGGCAUGUACGCAGUUCUAGACGGCACACAUUACAACGAUGCCUGCUGCUUUGAUUAUGGCAACGCUGAGCCUAGCGGCCUGGAUACGGGAAAUGGGCACAUGGAAACUAUCUAUGUAAGUCCUCCAACCACUCAUGGUUCCCAGGGAACGUAUAGAUUCUCACAAUUCCGGUGAAUAGUUUGGCUCUUGCAGUUGGUGGGGUUCCGGCGAUGGAGAGGGUCCUUGGAUCAUGGCCGACCUGGAGAACGGACUGUUCUCCGGCUUGUCGCCAUCGAACAACCCCGGUGAUCCCACCAUCAGCCAUCGGUUCACCACGUCAAUCGUCAAGGGCGCACCCAAUUUGUGGGCCAUCAGAGGCGGUGAUGCAAAAGACGGCAAGCUGUCGACCUUUUAUGAAGGUCAGCGGCCGAGUGUAGACGGCUACAAUCCAAUCCCAUGAGCAAGGAGGGCGCCAUCCUUCUUGGCAUCGGGGGCGACAACAACAACGGUGGCCAGGGCACAUUCUACGAGGGAGUCAUGACCGAUGGCUACCCAUCCGCUGAAAUCGAAGACGCCGUACAGGCUGAUAUCGUAGCAGCCGGGUACGCUGAAACCUCCCUUGUCAGCGGACCGGAGCUUACGGUGGGCUCCUCCGUCUCUCUUCAGGCUACUACCGUGUGUUGUACAGCGCGAUAUCUCGCACACACAGGCGCCGCUAUCAAUACUCAAGUGGUUGAUUCGUCCAGCAGCAUUGACUUGAAGAAGCAAGCUAGCUGGACUGUUCGCGCGGGCCUCGGAAAGAGCGAAUGCUUCUCUUUCGAGUCAAACGAUACGCCGGGCAGCUUUACUAGACACGCAGGCUUUGCUCUUGUUCUAAAUGCUGAUGACGGAACCAAGCUGUUCGCCGAGGAUGCCACGUUCUGCCCACAAGCUGGCCUUGGUGGCCAAGGCAGCUCAAUCCGAUCUUGGAGCCAUCCCACACGCUACUUCCGGCACUUCAAGGAUAUUGGGUACAUCGGCAGCAACGGAGGUGUCCAUGAGUGGGACGCCGCCGGAGCGUUCAUUGACGAUGCCAUUUGGAUCGUUAAUGCUGGAUUUGCUUGA